AUGCAAGCAUGCUACUGCCUCCUCCUCGCCUUCUGUGUCCUCGUCCUGCCCCUGUUGGCUCAACCCGAUGAUGCUGGGACACGAGUGGGUCUGCUGGUGCAGGGACCUACAUCCAAGGGCUUGUUCAGGGAUGCUGAGUGCCUCAUGUGGGCCCUGAGCCGAGACCCUGUCCGCAUGCAUGGAAUAACGCCCAGGGUUGUAUCUGUCUUCUUCACUCCAAGCUAUGCACUGUUGGACAAGGCAAUUGAAUUGGGUGCGAGCUGCAUAGGGGAGCAGGGAGGGAGGAGGUUCUGCACUACACCUGAACCACUGCAUAAGGAUGACUCAAGCAUCUUUGCGAAUCAUCUCUUCUACGAUGGCAAGGACUUCCGAGAUUGGAUACAGACAAUAGAUGUCCUAGUCAUCUUUGAGUCUUUGCUGAUGAAUGUCUUGAAGAUAGCUCACCAAUCCGGGGUCAAACGCAAAAUUCUUGUGCUCAAUAUUGAUUGGACAGAUGGCAACAAGAUUUUGGAAGCCGCUUCUGCCAUCCCAGGGCUCCGUUUCUGGGUCAAGGGAAGGGUGACUUUAGAAAAUAUCAAGACCAUUACGACGAAGCAGAGGGCCAAGCAUGUCAAGAUAGACCUUGUCCCAUGGUCCAUCCCAGAUCCUGUUAUUCGCAGCAGAAAAGCGCCUGGAAAAGUUGUCCGUUUGAUUUUUAUUGCGGGCUAUGGGGGGAUCUACAACAGAAGGGGUGGGGAUAUUGUGCUGAAGGCGUAUUAUGAAGCAUACCAGCAACUCAAAGGAAAGAUCAGACUUUCGUAUUACACUGCUCGCAAUCCACAGGACUAUGACAUUGCAGUGGAUAAGAAGUGGAUGGAGCAACCGAACUUGGAGAUGCAUGUUGGAACUCACCGCCGGGAAACGCUAUGGAAGGCAAUGAGCAAGGAGGUUGAGUUGUGCAUGACGUUCUUUUUGAAGGCUCUGCUUGCUUCCGACGUGGUCCUGUAUCCUUCUCGCUGGGAAGGACUAGGUCUCUCCCUCCUCGAAGCUUUGCAUGCCGGAGUACCCGCGAUAGUUACUGACGGAUGGCCCAUGAACGAGCUGGUGCAGCAUGAUCAUAACGGAAUCUUGGUGCCUGCAAAGCAAACAGGUUGGUUUCACAUGGCUCCCAAGUGGGAGGUAGACCCUUCCUCCUUAGCCAAAGCUAUCAUCCGCAUUGCCAGCAACAGGAAACUGCUACGUCGUCUUACCUGCCCCUCUCCGGGUGAAUUGCUGGCGAGGCAACACCACUUCAUCAUGACAGCAAGACAAGUCAUUCUCAGCGAGCCCCAGCCAAGGAUUGCUUCGUUUACAGCAGGUCCACAUCCGGAGUAUCUUCGAGCUGAGUACUUCCGGUCUGAUGCGUUCAGAAAGUUUGGGUAUAAAGUUGUCGAGUAUUCGUACGGAGAUGAUCUCAGAAAUCUUUCUGGAAAGAACUUCGACUUCGCGCUGGUUGCUAAGGCACCUCACGUGCAGUGGGUCUCGUACCUCAAGUCAGUGAUCAAGGCACCUGUCUUCAUGUGGUUUUGGGAUCCCAUCGACUAUGGAACGGAGAGGAGGAUGUGGUUUGAACAAGUAGCUCCCAUGUUUCGCUCGGUCAUCCUGAACGAGAAGGGGAGGGAGGGCAUGUGGGCAGCGAGGGGCCUAGACGUUCAUUACGUGGAGGAAGGGAUCAUGCUUCAGGGUGACCGAGGAGCGGGUCGACGACCGACCUUCGACGCACAUGGCAAGUAUGACUUCGAUGUCAGCUUUCAAGGGACUGUCUACCCAUACCCUCCUGAUAUCCCACGAGUUAGCGUCUUGCUGAGUCUCAACAGAUCGCAAGACUUGGAGCUAGCAAUCUUCGGGCCCGAGGAAAUGUGGCAGUCGCUCAACCUGAGCAGCAGAGGGAGAUCGUACGGAGCUCAGUCUCGAGCCAUUCACAGAAACUCCAAGAUUUCACUCUCCCUUUCCCGCCUCCAGAGAGAUGUCGAGCUGUACCGCUCCGAGCGAUUCAUGGAUGGCGCCGCAUCGGGGGCUUGCGUGCUUUCAGAGAACUUUCCUGGAGUUGACAUCGUCCUCCCUCGUGAAUCUGUUCUGAUAGCAAACAGCCAACGAGAUUAUCUGGAGGUCGCUUCCAAGGUUGUUGCGGAUCCCGGCGUUUGCAGGCAACAACGACUGCUGGCAGAGGCGAGUGCGUGGGGGUUCCAUACGUGGGAUGACAGCGUGGGGAAGUUCUUGUCACUGAUAACUAGCCGUCUCGAUCAGUCCAAGGUGCGUCAUUGCAGUAGGACAGUCGGAGAAGACUGUUGCAGCAGCGAGCACUACAACUUGAAUCUAGGGACGUCGUUGAUGGGAUGGGGGGAUAGCCAGAGCAGGACAUUUGUCACCAGCACAAUCGUUGAAGGGGGGGUGUACUUCUGGGCAGCGAUAUCUGACUGCCCUUCAAGCAUUCUUGCAUGGGAAAACAUCGCCAUCUCGUUCUUGGCGCAGAGGCAGGUCUCACUGGCUGUGCGCAGCGAGAGGACUGCCAUGAGAAUCAGGGGCAAGGUCGUGGCGGCUCCUCCUCGGAAUCACGGAGCAAGAGCCUUGAGCUUGUUCCAAGACUCCUUCGGGCACAGUGAGGAGUUGGUAGCCUGCGAAGUCGACAGAGCUGGACGUUGGUGCAGAGACAUCAGCAUGAUCAGCUUCAACUAUUACCUCCGGUUACGAAGCCCUGAAUGA